GUGACGAUCCAUCGUGCUGUUCGUGUGUCAGUUUUCGUCGAUAAACGUGUGCCCUCCGGCUGCACGCACCGCGUUUCUCUCGGCGAACUCGCGAGGAGUUCGCGUUUUCAUCGUGGAUUUGAAUCGCGUAACAACGUACCUGCCUCAAGAUGAUGAAGUUCAAGCAACAGGGGCUAGUCGCGGACUUGAUGCCCAACAUAAGACUGAUGAAAGCUACUGGGCAUUUCAUGUUCAAUUAUUAUACCGACAAUUCUACGAAAACUAUACACAGAAUCUUCGCUGUUGUGCACCUGAUCUUGAUGCUGAUGCAGUUUGGGUUCUGUGGUAUAAACCUAAUUUUUGAGAAGGAGGACGUGGACGAUCUUACGGCGAACACAAUCACGAUGCUGUUCUUCACGCACAGCGUGGUCAAGGUCGUUUACUUCGCAGUUAGGAGCAAACUAUUCUACAGAACCCUUGGCAUUUGGAACAAUCCGAAUAGCCAUCCUCUGUUCGCCGAGAGCAACUCACGUUACCAUCAGGUGGCCGUGAGGAAGAUGAGAAUACUCUUGCUGGCUGUCCUAGUAACCACGAUGCUGUCGGCCAUUUCUUGGACCAGCAUUACGUUCAUCGGUGACUCCGUAAAGAAAGUUAUCGAUCCUAUCACGAAUGAGACCACCUACGUCGAGAUACCAAGGUUGAUGUUGCGCUCUUGGUACCCGUACAAUGCCAGCCACGGGAUGGCUCACAUCUUGACGUUGAUAUUCCAAUUUUACUGGCUGGUGUUUUGCAUGGCAGACGCAAAUCUUCUGGAUGUACUCUUUUGCUCGUGGCUCCUCUUUGCUUGCGAACAAAUUCAACAUCUGAAGAACAUUAUGAAACCUUUGAUGGAAUUCAGUGCCACGCUGGACACUGUCGUGCCAAACAGCGGGGACCUGUUUAAAGCUGGCAGUGCAGAACAGCCGAGAGAUCAUGACCCACUACCACCAACCACACCAACAGCACCGGGCGAGAACAUGUUAGACAUGGAUCUUCGGGGAAUAUACAGCAACAGAACAGAUUUUACGGCCACCUUUCGACCAACUGCUGGAAUGACUUUUAACGGGAGUGUGGGACCGAAUGGAUUGACAAAGAAACAAGAAAUGCUAGUACGCAGUGCCAUCAAAUACUGGGUUGAGAGGCACAAACAUAUUGUAAGACUCGUAACCGCAAUUGGAGACGCUUAUGGUGUUGCUCUGCUGCUACAUAUGUUAAUUACCACCAUUACAUUAACUUUACUUGCCUACCAAGCAACAAAGAUAAAUGCAGUGGAUACAUACGCAGCUUCGGUAAUAGGUUACUUGUUAUACUCCCUAGGGCAGGUCUUCAUGCUGUGCAUAUUUGGAAACCGUCUCAUCGAGGAGAGUUCAUCAGUGAUGGAAGCCGCUUACUCUUGUCAUUGGUACGAUGGAUCAGAAGAGGCCAAAACUUUCGUGCAAAUCGUUUGCCAGCAGUGCCAAAAAGCGAUGUCGAUUUCAGGGGCGAAGUUCUUCACCGUCUCUUUGGAUCUCUUUGCCUCGGUACUGGGAGCUAUGGUCACCUACUUCAUGGUGUUGGUGCAAUUGAAGUGAACGCAGGAGAUUAUCUAUUUUAUGAUGGAACGUAGAAACUGGAAUAUUGGAGAAAAUGGAUUAUUAAAAUUAUCUGGCAAGAGUCUUGUUCUCCGUCUUUUAGAGUACUAUUUUCUAUCGGAUUUUCGUAUAGAUGAAUUCAGCUGGAAACUGUGACUAAACGACAAUGUAGGAUUAUAAACUUCAGUGAAGAGUAUCCUUCGUCUCUACUCAAUUUUCAGGUGUUAGGGAAAUCCAAUGCCUCGUAUAUCAGCCAUACUUAUUUAUGUUCUCGUGGAAAAUGAAAAUUGUUUAAAUACGAAAGAUAUCCAUAGUAUGUAAGAUAAAUAUAAAACGCAGCUAUAAUAAUUAUCAUCCAAUAAUAUUACAUAUAUAUUGAUCGAAAGUAAUAGGAAAAGAACUAGGCCACGAGAGAAAUACGAAAUACUUGAUCGCAUAGUUCCAAAGUUCUAAUUAGAAGACUGGAAGAUGGAAUUAGAAUGAAAGAAAAAAUUGAAGAAGAACGAGAUUAUAUACAUACAUAGAAUCUAAUAAUUAUUUAUAUCAUUCGUCAUCAUUAAUUCUUCUAUUUCUUAAACUAACAUCUAAUAUGAUUUUAAUUACACUACAUUUUAAUAAGCAUUUUCUAAUUUUUAAAUUCUUACAAUAUGUACAGUGCCUUAACAAUACACAUCAUUCAAAUUUUAACAAAGAAAGAUAAAGAUUGUUAAAAAAUUUACGCCUGAAAUAAUAAUUCGCUCAGCUAAGAAAAAUGAGGAAUAUAAACUUUUGAGAAAUUAACGCGAGUUUUUGAUAUUUUUAUAUAACGUAAAUAUAAUACAUAUAUAUAUGUAUUUAUGUAAUUUCUGUUUAGUAACUUUAUCUUUCCUUUUAAAGUGGGUGAACAUAUAUACAAUCUUGUUUGGUAUUUCAAAAGGAUUCAUUCUUGAUCAAUGAAGAUGCAAGAAGGAAAAUAUU